CACGGAGGCAGGCUGACAUGUCUGGAAUAGACCACCCUCAAAUCUCUUCCUCCCCCUCCUCACCAGAGACCGAAGAUGAUGAAGCACACCUCUUCUACCACAGUAACACCAGCUGUGACCCUGACAUCUCUGAACAUCACUCAGCUAUGGACAUGCUCUGCUGCCAUAGUGUCCAGGACUCCCUGCUGAGCUCCAGCAGCUGCUUCACCAACUACAGAGGCAUCCUCAACUGGAUCAUCAUCCUCUUGAUCCUGACUCACGCCCAUCUCUUCCUGGAGAACUUUAUACAACAUGGUUUCCUGAUUGACCUGAGGAAGGUAUUGGAGCACCUCAUGCAGGACAACUACAACUGGCCAUCUGUCAACCUCAUACUGGCUGCUAACAUGUUUGCGAUCACAGCUUUGCUACUGGAACGGAGACUGCAGAAGGGUGGGCUGUCCUCCAGCACAGGCCACUGGCUGCACCUGGCAAACCUGGGACUGCUGGCUCUCUUUCCUUCCCUUGUAAUUCUUUAUGACAGCUCAAUAUCCACAGGGGGCGCGUUCUUCUCUCUGUGGAGCUACAUCACACUGGGUCUCAAGCUGUACUCCUACCAGGAAACCAACAGAUGGUACCGCCAGGAGCAUGUGAUCUGUUCAGGAAUGGAAAAGAGUAGCAUACUGUUGACAGAGGAACACCCGGAACACCUAACAAUUAAACACCUGUACUACUUCCUUCUGGCGCCUACUCUAUGCUACCAGAGAGAGUUCCCCUCCACCUCUCGGGUCCGCAUCAACAUCCUGUUGCAUAGGUUGAUGGAGAUGGUGCUCCUGGUGCAGAUCAUGGUGGGAAUCGUCCAACAGUGGGUGACACCCCUUUUCCAGCAGUCAGAAAACUAUUUCUCUAAUAUGGACCUCACCGGUCAGGUUGGAAUGUUGGUGGGGCUUGUGGCCCCUACGCAUUUCCUGUGGCUCCUAUUCUUCUUCCUGUUCACUCACUCCUACUUGAAUUUCUGCGCUGAACUGUUAUGCUUUGGGGACCGCAAGUUCUAUGGGGAUUGGUGGAAUGCUCAAACACUGGCUAGUUUCUGGAGAAACUGGAUUCUCCCUUUUGAAAAAUGGAAAAACAGACAUCUGUACACGCCACUGCUGAGGCACAAGGUGUCUCCCAAGCAGGCAGAGUUACUGGUGUUCCUGCUGGCUGCUGCCUUGUGUGAGUAUAUGGUGGCUCUGCCACUGCACAACUGUCGUCUGUGGAUCUUCCUCACGAUGGUCUUUGAGCUCCUGGUAUCUGUCUGCCUGGGACGAUAUUUUAGGGGAAACUAUGGCAACGGCAUGGUAUGGCUUUGCCUGUUACUGGGCCCUCCUCUUGCUGUGAUGACCUAUUUCCAUGACAACUACGUCAGUCAUCAUCACUAUCACCAUCAUCAUCAUCAUGUCGGUCAGUGUCGUCCAGGGCUGCCUGCAGCCAUUGCCACGUGAACAGACCUCUUCCACAUGGCAAGGGUGUGUCCAUGAUAGACCAUACACAAGCCCAGUUAUUAGUCUAAUAAUAGAAUGUUGUUCAGCCAACGCACUGGGAUUGAUAAAUUGUUAACUCCACUAAUUGGGUUUCGUUUGUAAUGGGGUAUAUUAUUAUAUUAUAUAUUAUUAUUAUUAUUUCUUUAUUCCGGACACACAAAAAAUGGUCCAUAGCACAAUACAAAACAUAACAAAAGACAGACAAAUACAAGAUAAAACACAUACAAUAAGAAAUGACUACAACAGUCAGAGUAUACAUAGUAUUCGACUUGUAACAUUUUUCGAAAUUAAUGUCAUGGUUUAGACAAUGAUGUAUGUGAAUAAUGUAUAUUUUAUAUAUUUUAUGAUGUAUUAAAAACAGUCAAUUAGAAUUCAAAUAUUGUGUAUUGUUGAUGUUAUUGAUAAUUUGCACUAUAUAUUUGAUUAUUUCAUGUUGAUUCAUUUGAAAAAAAAAAGAUUUGUUUCUAGAAA